AUGCGAAAGUCCAAGCAUGAAUCAGUGAAGCCCACACUGAGAGUAAAUCAUCCCACUACAAAGACCCUUCCUAAGCCUGUCCUCAGAGCACAGCCACACUCUGUGGUCUCCAAGCAGAAUAAGGUGACCUUCUUGUGUGAGGGAGCCACAGGAGCCAAAGAGUAUAGAUUUUAUAAAGAACUAUACCAAAAUCAAUGGCAGAGAGAGAUUUCACAGAACCCUAAGAACAAGAAUGAAUUAUCAAUCUCCAAAUUAGGCUAUCACCAUGCAGGGCAAUAUCACUGUCAAUAUCGGACCCUUAAUGGAUGGUCAGAGUAUAGUGACUCCCUGGAGCUGGUGGUGACAGGAUUCUACAGCAAACCCAGCCUGUCAGCCCAGUCGAGGCCUGAGGUGACUGAAGGAGGGAAUGUCACCCUCCAGUGUGAUUCAUGGCAGGCAUAUGACUGCUUCAUUCUGACUAAGGAAGGACCACAGCAGCUGUCCCAGACACUGGACUCACGGUGUAACUCCUAUACUUGGCAGUACCAGGCCCAGUUCUCUGUGGGCCCUGUGACCUCCAGUCAAAGAUGGACAUUCAGAUGCUACAGCUAUAACAAGAACAGCCCACUGGUGUGGUCAGAACCUAGUGACCCCCUGGAGCUCCUGGUCUCAGGACUGACUCUGGACCUCGGGACCCCAGUGCUGACAGAGACCCUUCCUAAGCCUGUCCUCAGAGCACAGCCACACUCUGUGGUCUCCAAGCAGAAUAAGGUGACCUUCUUGUGUGAGGGAGCCACAGGAGCCAAAGAGUAUAGAUUUUAUAAAGAACUAUACCAAAAUCAAUGGCAGAGAGAGAUUUCACAGAACCCUAAGAACAAGAAUGAAUUAUCAAUCUCCAAAUUAGGCUAUCACCAUGCAGGGCAAUAUCACUGUCAAUAUCGGACCCUUAAUGGAUGGUCAGAGUAUAGUGACUCCCUGGAGCUGGUGGUGACAGGAUUCUACAGCAAACCCAGCCUGUCAGCCCAGUCGAGGCCUGAGGUGACUGAAGGAGGGAAUGUCACCCUCCAGUGUGAUUCAUGGCAGGCAUAUGACUGCUUCAUUCUGACUAAGGAAGGACCACAGCAGCUGUCCCAGACACUGGACUCACGGUGUAACUCCUAUACUUGGCAGUACCAGGCCCAGUUCUCUGUGGGCCCUGUGACCUCCAGUCAAAGAUGGACAUUCAGAUGCUACAGCUAUAACAAGAACAGCCCACUGGUGUGGUCAGAACCUAGUGACCCCCUGGAGCUCCUGGUCUCAGGACUGACUCUGGACCUCGGGACCCCAGUGCUGACAGAGACCCUUCCUAAGCCUGUCCUCAGAGCACAGCCACACUCUGUGGUCUCCAAGCAGAAUAAGGUGACCUUCUUGUGUGAGGGAGCCACAGGAGCCAAAGAGUAUAGAUUUUAUAAAGAACUAUACCAAAAUCAAUGGCAGAGAGAGAUUUCACAGAACCCUAAGAACAAGAAUGAAUUAUCAAUCUCCAAAUUAGGCUAUCACCAUGCAGGGCAAUAUCACUGUCAAUAUCGGACCCUUAAUGGAUGGUCAGAGUAUAGUGACUCCCUGGAGCUGGUGGUGACAGGAUUCUACAGCAAACCCAGCCUGUCAGCCCAGUCGAGGCCUGAGGUGACUGAAGGAGGGAAUGUCACCCUCCAGUGUGAUUCAUGGCAGGCAUAUGACUGCUUCAUUCUGACUAAGGAAGGACCACAGCAGCUGUCCCAGACACUGGACUCACGGUGUAACUCCUAUACUUGGCAGUACCAGGCCCAGUUCUCUGUGGGCCCUGUGACCUCCAGUCAAAGAUGGACAUUCAGAUGCUACAGCUAUAACAAGAACAGCCCACUGGUGUGGUCAGAACCUAGUGAUCCCCUGGAGCUCCUGGUCUCAG